GAACUAGUCGCGUUUUCCUGCUGCUCUUUAACAUAACCUUCCAUUUUUGCACGGCUGUAAUAUUCAAAACAAAAUUUCUGUACAAACCAGCGCACCAUGCUGACUCCUGCAAGUGGUACCGGUACAUUUUUCAAAAAAUCUGCCAAAAUUAUUCGAUUUGCAAGACAUGGUUGUACGAACAGACCGUUUUUCCAUAUUGUUGUCACAGAGACAAGAAGAAACCAAGACAUGCCAGUUAUUGAGCAGCUUGGGAGUUAUGAUCCAAUGCCCAAUCAACAUAAUGAAAAAUUAGUGUCACUCAACUUAGAAAGAAUAUAUUAUUGGCUUGGAAAAGGAGCUGUUGCUUCCAAACCAGUUGAAGAAUUACUAGGCUUAUCAGGAUUCCUCCCGAUUCAUCCUUCGUCAUAUGUGCGGGCGUGGCGAGCCCGGGAAGCACUCUUUUCACCAAAAGAAGCACCACCGUCAGAAGCAGGAGAGGAGACUGGAAGCGAGCAAGCCGCCGUACAUGCUAGUUGAAUCAUUUAUUCACAUCAUUAGUUAUUACGUUUGUCAUUCGUAUGUAGUGCGCAAAUUUCGUAUGUGUGAAGCCCAAAGCAGUUGACUCUUUAAAAUAGUCAGCAAUUUCGAAAUACGAAACUGACGUACAUUCACAAUAAACUUCUUUAAAAACAA